GGGCAGGGAGAAUGGACGGCAGAGGCGGCAAGGGCAAGCCGAUAGUGCUCGACGACGACGAUGACGAUGACGGCGUCGUUGUCGGAAAUGCUACUGGUGGCAAAGUCGAAGAGGUGGUUGUUGCGAAAGCGGGCGAUGGCAGCGGGGGCACCUCGACAUCGACCUUGUCGGCCCUGAUGGGCGACCGUGCGCAGCUGGAAAAGGAGAGGUUGGAGAGACAAAGAAAGAGGAGACGAGAGGCUGGCUUGUCGGAGGGUGACGAUGACGAGAUGGCGUCAGAUUCAACAAAGGCGAAGAAAGCAAAGUAUCCUACGACGCCGCAGGUCGUCGCUACGACUCAGCCGAGCACGUCGUUUCCUUCCUCUUUCACGGCCCCUUUGAGCGGUAAACCGGGCGACUUUCAACUCUAUUGGGAUGGAGGAGUAGAGAAAUCUUACAAUCGAUACUGCUCGCAAGAACCUGGCCGGCGCUUCGCCUCCUUCCUACUUCCUACGACACCGUUCAAUGCCGCAGGUCUGACGCACGUCAUUAUGACUACCUACUGCGAGGAUUUGCAAUGGCUUGCCACGCUAUUUCCCAAAGGACCCAGAGGCACUGCGCCUGAGAUCACCAUGAUCACGCAUUCACCACAGGGUUCGGGCAGCUCGCUGGUCGGUGUCCAUUCUCCAUUGCAUCCUGAUCUUCCUAACUGGGUCCGCCUCGUCAUUCCGAGGAUCAAAGAUGGCCCCUCCGACUAUGAGACACAGCACAUGAAGUUCAUGUUCCUUUUCUACCCCGACCGGCUACGCAUAUUGAUCUUGUCGGGCAAUCUUGUCGACUACGACUGGGAUCGCAUUGAAAAUACGGCCUUCAUUCAUGACUUUCGUCGACGAGAGUCGCCCACGACGGAGGAAGAAGGGCUCGGAGUCGACCUUCGAAAGGUUCUCGACUCGCUAAAGGUCCCGGCCGGACACCAUGCCCAACGCAUGCUCAACUCCUAUGAUUUUUCCCAGACAAAGACGGAGGCCCGUCUAGUCAUCAGUCGACCCCUGGCCAAAGCUACGCAGGGCUGGAACAACAUCGAAGAGUGGGGGCUCGGAAGGCUUGGAAAGGUCGUCAGAGAAACGCUGGACUCUGCUGAAAAGAGGAAGCAAAGUCGAAGCAGAGGCGGUGUACGGCUCGAAGCGCAAGGCUCGAGCAUGGGGACAUACUCGGCCAGGUGGCUGCAGCAGGUCCACAUUCUCGCUUCCGGCGUCGACCCACGUAAAGGCGCACUGCCCCUCCCCGCGGGCAAAAAGGCAGAUACAACAUGGGCAAAGGCAGUGGGUGGCAAUGCGAGCGACAAGUGGCCCCCAAUCAAAUUGCUUUUCCCGAGCGAGCGAUGGGUCAAGGACACAGCCGUCGAGGGCGCACCGGGGGCCGGCACAUUCUUUGGCAAAAAGGCGCAAUCAGUCAGCCGUGGCUUCGUCGACUUGGCUCACCAACCCGUUUCGAAACGGGGCGACAUUAUGAUGCAUCAUAAGAGCCUUUUGGCGCUGCUGCCUGACAUCCUCCGAGAAGAUGGUGGAAGCGACCACAUCGACGAUGAGGAAAUCGUUGGGUGGAUCUACAUGGGCUCGCAUAAUCUCACGCAGGCCGCAUGGGGCAACAUUUCGUCAGCUUCUGCAUCGGCACCGCCCCAGCUUACAUGCCAGAACUGGGAGCUGGGUCUCGUCCUACCGUUUCGCCGGAGAGACCUCAAGGCGGACGCAAAGAGUGACGCGGCAAAGAUCGUGACGUGGAAAAGGCCAGUGGAAAAGUACCAGGAUGGUGAUGUCCCUUGGGACCAGUUUCAGCAGUAGACGGCGAUCCCUCCUCGUUCUUGUAUUGUAUUGAAUUUCAUCAACAGAGGCCAGAGCCUCAAGACAUUUCAAGGAGACGAUCAAUCGAGGCUUGAACAUC